AUGGCUAGCACCUUCUGUCGUCUCCUGGCUGGCCGUGCAACAACUGCACUCUUUGCAGCCGCAGGCACAGGGGUGCUAACCACUGGGUACCUCCUCAACCAGCAAAAUGUGAAGGCUGCUAUUCAGGAAAAACGGAAACUCUUUCCUCCAAGCGCAGACUAUCCUGAUCUCCGCAAACAUAACAACUGCAUGGCUGAGUGCCUCACACCUGCCAUUUACUCUCGGCUAAGGGACAAGAUGACUCCCAACGGCUACACCCUGGACCAGUGCAUCCAAACCGGGGUUGACAAUCCUGGCCACCCUUUCAUUAAAACUGUGGGCAUAGUCGCAGGUGAUGAAGAAUCCUAUGAGGUAUUCGCUGAUAUUUUUGACCCUGUCAUUAAAGUGAGACAUAAUGGCUAUGAUCCACGGACAAUGAAGCAUUUCACGGAUCUGGAUGCAUCCAAGAUCACCCAUGGUCAAUUUGAUGAGCGCUACGUCCUCUCAUCACGGGUACGGACUGGCCGCAGCAUCCGGGGCCUCAGUCUUCCUCCUGCCUGCACCAGGGCAGAGCGGAGAGAGGUGGAGAAUGUCGUGGUCACCGCACUUGCUGGGCUGAAAGGAGACCUCUCUGGAAAGUACUACAGCUUGACCACUAUGUCCGAGAAGGAUCAGCAGCAGCUUAUUGAUGUAAACAUAGUUCCACCAGUGUCCCCUUUGCUAACAUGUGCUGGGAUGGCACGUGACUGGCCAGAUGCCAGAGGAAUCUGGCAUAACAAUGACAAGACAUUUCUCAUCUGGAUUAAUGAGGAGGACCACACCAGGGUGAUCUCCAUGGAGAAGGGUGGCAACAUGAAACGGGUGUUUGAAAGAUUUUGCCGUGGUUUAAAAGAGGUGGAAAGAUUAAUUAAAGAACGGGGCUGGGAGUUCAUGUGGAAUGAGCGUCUUGGAUAUGUUCUGACCUGUCCUUCCAACUUGGGAACUGGUUUACGUGCUGGAGUCCAUGUCAAGCUGCCUAGGCUUAGCAAGGAUCCCAGGUUUCCAAAAAUCCUGGAGAACCUGCGCCUGCAAAAGCGUGGCACUGGUGGAGUGGACACGGCAGCUGUAGCAGAUGUGUAUGAUAUCUCCAACCUGGACCGCAUGGGUCGCUCAGAGGUGGAGCUAGUCCAGAUUGUCAUUGAUGGGGUCAAUUUUCUAGUUGACUGUGAGAAGAAACUGGAAAGAGGUCAAGACAUCAAAGUGCCACCACCGUUGCCUCAGUUCGGCAGGAAGUGAUCUUGCUGCUGCUGGUGCCAAUUGAUGGAAAAUAUGGCUGCCAUUCUGACAGAAAGGCACCUCUGUACAUCUCUGUAUAAAUAUCUUGUGUAAUAAAACACUACCUGA